AUGCAAAGAGAGCUACUAUGGUUUAAGGAGGUGGAGAAGAUUGUACCAUUUUCAGUACUCAAUGUGAAAAACAGAGACGACCAAACACCAAGGGAGUUAUUUUCCGAGGAGCACAAGAAGUUAAGGAAAGAUGGUGAAGAGUGGAUGAAGGAGACCGCAACUUCUUGCAUGGUCGUGGCAACUUUAAUUGCCACGGUCGCAUUUGCUGCAGCCUUUACCGUACCAGGUGGCAAUAAUGAAAUAGGAACUCCAGUAUUCUUGAAGAACAGGUGGUUCACAGUUUUUGUUAUAUCUGAUGCAGUGGCAUUGUUCAGCUCGACAACUUCCAUAAUGAUGUUCUUAUCUAUCUUAACUUCACGUUACACAGAAGAUGAUUUUCUAUUUUCAUUACCGGCAAAGUUGAUGAUUGGACUAAUUUCACUCUUUGCUUCAAUUGUUUGCGUGGUCUUAACAUUUAGUGCAACCUUCUUUUUGGUUUACAACGAGGAAAAGCAAGGGCCGUUGCCGAGACUAGUAGCUUCUCUUGCUUGGCUUCCAAUCACCAUAUACGCAGUGCUAAAUUAUAAGUUAUGGAGUGCCCUAAUCCACUCGACUUGCUGGCCGGCUAUGGUCAUGUUUCGAUCAGGAAAGCAUAGGCUUUACUAA